UAUAGUUUCACAUUGUCACCGCGCGAGGUCUCCAAGAUCAAUUCAGAAUUUUUUCGUCACUCUAACCUCCAACCGAUCCUUCAUAUGAUUUUGUAACGUCAAAAAAACUGUAAAUUAUAAAUAAAUUUGUAUAUAAUAUGUUGUAUUCGUUAGAAAUUUACAUAAUUUAUAUUCUUGUAAGAAGUUAGAGAAUGUGAAUAUGUAAGGAUUGAACUUCCUUUGAUCCAGAUAUUUGUUAUAUUAUGCUAAAAUGCCGCUGAUAAUAAUAACUGGCAACCCGUGCAGCGGUAAAACAACGAGAAGUCUUGAAUUGAAGAAGUAUUUUGAGAACAUGCUAAAGAAUAGUGGACAAAAUGUAGAAAUAAUUAGCGAAUACGAUGCGAUAAUUAAGGAAGGCUACGAUAAAAAUGUAUUUUACGCGGAUUCCAAAAAAGAAAAAGCUGUUAGAAGCGCCAUAAAAUCGGACAUUCAACGUAGGCUCAACACACGCGAUCUAUUGAUAUUUGAUGGUAGCAAUUACAUCAAAGGAUAUCGGUACGAAAUUUACUGUAUGACCAAACUGUACAAGACUCCUCAAUGCACAAUACAUUGUGAUAUACCAGUCGAAUAUGCUUGGUUGUGGAACAAUAAACGAGUCGAAUUAGAUCGAUAUAGUAGAGAAAUUUUUGACUCACUUGUAGCAAGAUAUGAAACGCCAGAUAGUAAAAACCGAUGGGAUUAUCCACUUUUUGCAAUUACACCAGAAGACGAAUUAAUGUUCGAUGAAAUUUAUAAAUCGCUUUACCAAGUUAAAUCACCAAAACCAAAUCAAAGUACCCAAUGUGUCAGUAUCUCCUUUUUUUCUUCUUUUUUUCCAGUGUCCAAUAUUUUACAUAAAUAUUUAUAUUUUCAGCCACCAUUAGCAUCUACGAAUUAUUUGUAUGAAUUAGAUACAAUAACAAAAGAUGUAAUAAACGCAAUAUUAUCGGCGCAACAACUGGGAAUAAACAACAAUAUAAAGAUACCAGGUUCCAAUGUGACUGUACAAAGCACAGGCACACCAGCGAAACUAAUGAGAUUACGGAGACAGUUUUUAACUUAUAGUAAAAUGCAGCAAAGUAGAAUCGAUCAUAUUGCCACAUUAUUUGUACAAUACCUCAAUAAAAACUUAUAAUAAAGCAGAGAAAAAUGUAUUGGGUA